AUGCACGCCGACGCUGGCCGGAUGGCGAGUGACCUGAGCCAGAGGGCAGUUUUUCGUGCGGCCUCGGGGCUGGCCGUGCUUUCUGGCGGGGGUCGCGUGUGGUCAUCAGAUGGUGCCGACUAUUUUCAGGAAGCCGAGGUAACGAAUCAUGUUGACGUCUUUGUCAGCCACUCUUGGGCAGCAGACCGCUGGAUGAAACACCUGGCCAUGUGUUACUUUCUGAAUUUUGGCCUGUCUGUGAAAGUCACGCUUGCAGCUGUGUUACUUUCACAAGGCAUCUUCUUUAUCUACCCAGAACAAUCGAUCAGCACGCUGUUCGUCUUAGUCAUGGACUUUCCUGUGCUCGCCUUCUUCCUUGCGUUCUUUUUCGGGCAGCAUUUGACCUGCGGUCGCUGGUGCCCGUCACUCUGGGUCGAUAAGCUCUGCAUUGAUCAGACCGAUGAGUCCGCCAAGCAGCGUGGCAUCGCAAGUGUGCCCACCACCGUGUCCAACUCGUCAGAGCUCCUUGUUUUGUGGGACGAAACUUACUUUCAGCGCCUGUGGUGCAACCUGGAGCUAUCGAUUUUCGCAAGACGCCGCGGCGUCAAGCACGUUCUCUUGGUCCCUUUGUGGCUGGCACCAUGGUUGUUGAGCACCAUGCUGUUGCUGUAUUUGGAAGGGCGGCUCAUGGCAAUCAUGUGGAGCUUGAACCCGAAGAUGGGUAUCGAUGUGAACGCGGAUGAUGCCCAAGCUGCAACGAAUGUGUACAUGUACGGCUUCCAGCACAUGCUUGAUAUCCUUGAGGCGGCCCCAUUUUACGCCUUGCUAUACCUUCCCAUGAUACCGGUUAGCCUCACAGCUUUUCAAGCAAAGCUUGACGGGCAUGCAACUCUACUUGCAGACAUGGAGUCCUUCGACAUACGAGAUGCAAAAUGCUCUGUGGAGGAGGAUCGCCAGGCAAUCGAAAUGCAGGUUGCCGAGCUCUUCAGCCUCGAAUCUUCCAGCAUCUCUCGCUCCAAGAGCACCGACUCGGAGGACGCGGCGGAAGAGACCAGCAUCCUGACACAAACCGAGGCAGACCUUCCGGCUCCUGCAGCAAGCCGCAGCCCCCAGCACGAGCAAUGCCUCAAUUCAUUCAACCUCUUCGUGCGCGGCUCACUUCGCGACGCGAUAAUCGACGACUGGGGCCUUGAGACGCACUUGCCAUGGCACAUCUGUCUGCUUGCGUGGUUGCCCACCAUGCUUUGCUUGACAGCUGUGUCGUGGUGUGCCAUCGACUUUUAUGAGGAGAUGGGCUUCACCUCUCAGAAGCAGUAUCUCCUCGUGGCAGGUCUGGAACUCUGGGUUUGCUAUCCGAUCUGCCUACCUUUGGCUCACCCAUGGUGCCUGCGCUCUCUGAGAUGCGUUUCCAGCACACAGCACGCACGCAAAGCGUUGCUGGCUUUGUGUUGCGCCGGCGUGUUCGUUGUUGUCGAGGCAGCGGCAGAGCUCCUGACCGGCUCGAUUGAGAGCUUUGCCUUCACUGCACAGCCCGCAUUUCUGGCAAUCUUCGUACUGAUCUUUGUACUCACCAUGCAGGCAUGCUACAUGACCUUCUCGCCAGAUGCCGGGAAAUUUUCCAGCAGGGGCCUUCUGAGAGGCUGA